UAGGUACUUUCGUUUUAGGUUGCUAUUGUUUAGAGUCACCGAAUUUGGACAUGUUGUCUUUCAUUCUUAAAACCGUAAGAUUGAGUAUUGUUUUCAGUACUGGUCAUGGUUUGUUUCAUUGCAUGUAUUUAAACCUCUGAGUGUUGAGGUUCCAGUGUCGCAGUUGCUUGGUCGCGCGCCCAGUUUGUGUGAUUUCACGUUGACGUUGAUAAUGAGUGGGACAACUGUAGCAACUUACGAGAGUCUGCCCACUUCAUUCCUUGAUAUCGAUGGCUGUGGAUCUUUUCAUGCAAUAUCCAAAUGUAAUGGAUUACACUCUCCUAAAAAUGAUGGACAAAGAGAUUUCAUGGGCGGUGAUAACAUGUCGAGCGAUGCUACUGAUUCCUACUUUUCUAAAUGUGAUCAUAUUUUUGACGAGGAAGUAGAAAUUACAGACACAGAAGAGAUUAAGACUCCACGAGUAUCCUCCCCAACUCUAAAUGAACUAAGAAAACGACUGGCGGCUAUUUCCCCAAACUGUAGAUCCACUCACAAUCCCAUAAUACUUGAUGGCUGUGGGAGUAAUGGUCAUAUUUCGAAGACGAUAUUAUCGGAAGUAUCAUCAAAAGCUUGUGCUUAUCCAAUAGACAGGUUGUACGAUGAGUGCAUCCCAGUUAAGUCAAGAAUUCGCUCACUUAAGAGUAAACUUGGUGAUAACAUACCACGAAUCACUUCUCGUUCAAUAUCUUCACAAAACUCCUUACGCCUUUUGGAACGUGUGUCAGCGUAUCCUCUUCCUGGUCCAAUAUUGCGCCAAACCUACUCGUCUACUGGGAGUUUGAUUGCCAACCUUACAGAUCUGUCGAUGAAUAGAGAUGCAAUGUUGUCCAUACCGCUCACAUCAGGUCUGUGUGUUUCGCAAACACAUUGUGAUGAGAAAAUCUCACCCAACCCUGAUAAAGUAGUUAAUUUGCAGAUUGUGGAGUUGUCAUCAAUUGCAACUAGAGAGCCUUCAAAUGUCAGUGAAAAGCUUACUCUUGAUUCAACGUUGCCAGUCCUGAAUAAUAAAGAAGAGGUCGCUGACGCCAAUUCUGAGGCAGAUCCCGGGUUUUGUGGUUUACCGAACGAUUCAUGUUCUUUAAAGUUAGAUGGUGGCGUGUUUCCUGACAGUGGCUCAACACUAAACAUAGAAUCCUGCAGUGCGAGUCAUCUCACAGACAAGACCAAUGUUCGGAGCAAACGACCAGGUAAUAAAAAAGCCGCUCAACGUAAAUCUGCUGACGGAGAUAAUGUUUCACUUAGGAAAUCUAAUUCUUUCUCUGAAAACAGUAGUGAAAGAACAUCUGAAAAAGCUGAAUCUCGACAUCAUGAUUUGAUCAAGUCUAACUCUUCUGACGAAAGCACAUCAGAAGUAAAACACCAAUCGUCUAUGGAGACUACUGAUAUGGAAACAAACCAAGGAAAUUCUUUAAGUGACCAUGACAAUAGUGAAUUAUCGACAUUAGCAGAGGUCAUAAGUACUCAUUCAAAUCCAUCUCAUUCACUGACUGGUUCUUGUUACUUCCCAGUUAGUUAUGUUGAUAAAGAAUCUGUUACUGCUGACGAAGAUUUUACUGUUGUGACCAAUAAAAGACUGAGACGCAAACAACAGCAACAACAGUCAAAACUUGUUAGCAACAAAUCCUGUUAUCCGGAACAGUCUAUUAACAACCGGGACUCUAGUUCUUGCCUGCCAAAAUGCUCCUCUACACAAUCCGUAAGCAAUAUUGGUGCACCCCAGCAGACACGUACAAACCGUUCAGGUGGGAGCACUUUUAGGCAAUCUGUGCAGCGUAACAGAUCAUAUCUUAACGCACCGGUCAGACCCCAGUCUUACUCUGCACACACAACUAGUUCUUCUACAAAUCCUCGAGAAACUGUGUGCAGAAAAUCAAAUGAUGUGAAUUAUGGUUCAUCUUAUAUACCUAAUAAUUCAAAUAAUUCUAAAUCUAUACCUAAUUCCCACCUUCGUUCUGAAGUGCCUAAUCAGUCGUCUCAAAAAUCUGUAUAUAGCAACCCAUCCCCAACUAGCUCUCCCAAAAAUUCUCAGGCGGUGAGAAAAUCAACACCCGACAGUGCAACACAGUCUACAAAUAGCCGAACACUAUUAGCUGCUACCAAAGAAACUAUUAGCUCUAGCCAAUAUCAAAUACUUAGAGAUUUUCUACUUUCAGCAUGGAAAUCGUUCCCUAAACUCUCAACAAAUCCACGGUUAUAAGUACUUUUUUGACUGUUCUGUGUGUAUGAUACAAGUUAUGGCCUUUGAAUGUGUAGAAAAAUCAGUCAGCUCUCCUCAAAAGGUGCCUCUACUCACUCUUUAGGUAGCAGCAUUUUACUUUGCUUAGGGUAGUAAACUUUACUACUUAUUUUUUGUUAUGUAGCACUACUCUUCAUCUCUUACACCGAAUUCUGUUCUCAGAUUAAACACAGAAUAGGUAUCUCUUGACGUUUACAAGUAAAUACAGUCUUUGGUUCCGUAUGUUAAUUGGUUCUAUCAUCUUUUAUGAUUAUCAUGUCAGUAAUUUCACUGCCUUACAAAUUGCUACAAUAACUUAAAAUAUUUCUCGUACUGAUCUGCAGACAACAGUUUCUUUAUUUGAAAUCGAUAUUCAUAAUUUACUUUAGUUUUGUGAUAGCUAGUGAUAAUUUCUUAAAAAUUAUUUUUUUUCAAAUGCGAUACAAAACUAGACUAAUUAGUUGCUCAUUUCAUUUUCAUGUCAGCAAAAUAGUCUUUCCUUAAUUCAAUUUUUGCAUUUGUCUUUCCGGUUCACUGCAUACUGCAGAUUGAUGUACCAUAGUUAGUUUUAUAGUAUUCGAUUAGUAUUUUCACUUUUCACUUGUGUACUCAUUAAUCAUAUAAUAUAUACACUAGUUUUUGUAGUGCGUCCCGGUAUUUAUUUAUUUAUUACGUUUAUUUUUUCCUUUUUGUUGUAUUAAGUAGCAUUUUCGUUUCAAUUUUGAUUUAGUUUGUAUUAGAAUAGUGAUCAUUUACUUUUUAGAGUGCAUUUUGAUCACUCUUUAUUCUUAUUGCCAAAACAAUUACUUUCGUUAUAGAAAUUAAAGCGUGUUUGAUCUA